GAGGAGCAGUACGCGUGCGCGGUGAGGGCCCCUGCUGACUGUGUGCGCUGCUCGAUGGCCUCUGGGCGGUGAUGGCGGACGAUGGGGGCCGCCCCCAGUGAGCCGUGUAUCUACGAGAAGCUGGCCGACAGCGUCGAGGUGCUGCGGCAGUCCGGCGAGCGCUAUGGCAUGUCCGAGCGCGACAUCGAGCGGUUCAUCGCCCAGAUCCUGGAGACCAACGAGCCGCAGCGGGAAGCGGUCAGACACCCGCGGCUCCUGACAGCGGCCAAGGUCGUGGUGGCCCUGGGGCUCCUUAUAACAGCAGUCUAUUCCUUCAUCAUCCCCUAUGGCAGAUCUCAUUGCCAGAGUGCAGUCACAGAAGACCAGAGCUGGAGGAGUCCAAUAAUUAGUCAUAUCCGUCUUUUUUGUCUACCAAUUGCCAAAAAAUACAAUCUGGAAGCUUUUCAUGAUUGGGAAUGCUCUGGGUGUGCACGGCUGAUACCUAAUUGUACUGAAUGUGCUGCCUUGACCACUGUUGGAACUGUGAAUGACAUGAAACAUAUUUCCAAGUAUAAUCAUCGAAUAGUUCAACCAGUUGUAAUAAAGAGUGGGUCAACUGUGUCAUUGUCGUAUGAGGAUUUAAAACGCUUAUAUUCAGAAUACAAGGAGAUCAUGGAUGUGUAUGCUGAGGUUGGAGAUGAUGCUGAAAACGAGCUCAAUAAAAACUUGUAUCUUUUUCCUGAAGAAGAAUCCAACCUGAUUGUUCACUGGAAAAAGCAACGUAUAAAUGGGAUGCAUAUACUUCGAAUGCUUUUUCCAAAUUCAAGUAUGCUACCUUUUGAAAGUAAGGUAUCCCUGAAGAAGUGUAUAAUAGCACCCAGUCGUGGUUCUCCAUUCCAACUUCUGUCCCACCAGCUUCAAGUUGGACACAGCUGGCUGUUUGUAGGUGGAGGUAAUCUGAAACUCCAUAUUAAUGCCUCUGAGAAAUGUGCGGAACAGUGUGGUUCAUUUUUAGUUCUGCUCGAAGAAGGAGAUAUUGUUUAUGCCAAUUCAAAUUAUUGGCGGAUGACCAUUUUACCAACUGGAGAACAAACAGUCGUUAUUUGUGUUGGAUCCAUCUAACUGAGGAUGUUCCUAGUGCUGUCAAAUGAAUGUUUUGGUUGUAUGCAAAUACUCAAUAUUUAUCCAGUUUAGAACUGUUAUUUGAAUGCACGUCUAUGGACAGAUCUACAUUCCAAAAUAUGUUUUAAUUUGUACUGCUAGAUUACACUUUGGUUGAUCUAUGUUGGCAAUAUUGCACAACAAUCCAGAGUGUCAUUUGCACAUGGGAAAUUUCUGAAUGAGUCCAAAAUAGCUUUUCAGAAUUCCAGAACUGGCUGCAUGUAAAUGAUAAGUUAGUUGAGAAAAUGUUAAAUAUUUUGAAAGCAAAGUCUGCAUCAACUUAAAUUUCUGAUUGUUUACUGUCUCUGCUAACUGAUGAUGCAGAAUAAAUUAUUAAUGUUUUCAGGGAGAAAUGACUACUAAUUACAUAAACAGAAGUUAAUCAUUUCAAAGAAUGAACUGAAGCAUGAGACAAUUUAGGGGAAUAGGUGGCAAAUAUUCCCCCACUAAAAGAAAAUAAUGGUAGAGUACUUAUUUUGCUUAAGGCAUGGUUUAUAUUUUGUGUUUUUUAAAUUAAGUUAUGUGAUGUUUAAAUAAUAUUUGUGUAUAAAUAUGGUGGCUUUGGAGAACUGGCAAUAAUUUUAAUGUAUCCUCACCAUGUACAUAGUUUCAAAACAACUUUGUAAAGUUUUGCUUUGUAUAUAUACAUAUAAAUAUAUAUAAAAUAUAUUUGUAUAUGUGUAAAUGUAAGAAAUCAUUGAACUAUGUUGCUUUUGAUUUUUUUGAUAAAUGAACAUUUGAGUCGAAAGGUAAUUUACAUAUGAUGUCCAAGCAGCAUAGUGUUUUGUUCAAAUUAAAGAGAAAAAAAAUCCAAAUGCAAUUAUGGCCUUUCAUUUUCAGCAUCGUAGGUAUGGAUGAGAACAGAAAUAAUUAAAAUUUCCUUUAUAAUUAUGUAGAAGAAAUCGGAAAAUAAUGCAAAUGCUGCACCAGUCAUACAUGCAGUAGUCUACAAGUUGCUUCUAAUGGAUACUACAUUAUGGCAACAAUAUCAGAUAAGUUGUUCAUUUGUGUGCAUAAUUGAACAGGAAAUGGGUCACUUAUCAAUGUUUUAAAUUGUCAAACAAUCAUGAGAAGCCAGAUCUGGUAAUGGCACUGAAAUCAGCUUGAAUCUUGGUAGCAUUUUUAAGAUAAUGUGGAUAAACUUUGAGUAUUUGUUUGAUUCUAAAUACUUGAUGUUUGAUUGUUUCUCUUUUGGUAGGUAAGUGAGGAAACAAAAUGGAUGCUCAAAAGUGCACUUAGUUUGCUUUAUGGAAAUUAAUACAAUACUUGUGCAUUAUUCUUUUUCCUAACUGUUUACCAUGUAGAAUGGUUUAAAAUCCAUUUUGGCUUAUGCUUAGCCAAUAUUAUAAAUGUUUUAAAGUUCAAUAAAUCUCAAUAUUUUGCCCUAGUAACAUUUUCCCAUUUUCUAUAAACGGGGGGUGAAAUUGCCUGGACUGGAUGCCAGUAUUUUAAUUAUUUGCCGUAAAUUUAGAAGCAAAGCAAUUUCAAAAUGGCUUUUAUUUGUCUUAUGCUGUUAAAAUUAGCUUAAUUUGUUUAUCAGAUAAACAGUUGUAUCUGAAUUGUUGGCUUAAAGAUCUUGCAUCGGAUGCAGUGACCAAUUAUCUGACAUUUUAAAUAAAUUAUUUUUAUUGAAA